CUGGUCAAGGGCAUGUACCUGGGUUACAGGCUCAUCCCGGUCCAGGAGGCAACUCAUUGAUGUGUCUCUCUCACAUCGAUGUUUCUCUCUCUCUCUCCCCCCUCCCUCCCUUCCACUCUCACUAAAAAUCAAUGGAGCUCUUUCCAGCCAGUGCCGACCCAUGGGGAUCUCUCGGGACAACUGCCACAAGUGCCACAAGACAAGGGGAAAGAGAAAGCCCUACCGCAGGAAGCGAAAAUAUGAGCUGGGACGCCCUGCUGGCAACACUAAAUUUGGACCCCGCCACAUACACACAGUCCCAGCACGGGGUGGCAACAAGAAGUACCGGGCCUUGAGGCUGGACGUGGGCAACUUCUCCUGGGGCUCAGAGUGUUGUACUCGCAAAACAAGGAUUGUUGAUGUUGCCUACAAUGCAUCCAACAACGAACUGGUCCGCACCAAGACCCUAGUAAAGAGCUGCAUCAUGCUCAUUGACAGCACAUCGUACCGACAGUGGUACAAGUCCCACUAUGCACUGCCCCUGGGCCGCAAGGAAGGGGCCCAGCUGACUCCUGAGGAGGAAGAGAUUUUAAAGAAAAAACGAUCAAAGAAAAUUCAGAAGAAAUCUGAUGAAAGGAAAAAGAACGCCCAAAUCAGCGGUCUUCUCGAGGGGCAGCUCCAGCAGGCAGGCUUCUUGCCUGCGUCGCUCGAGACCAGGCCAGCGUGCCCAGCAGAUGGCUAUGUGAGGGGCCAGGGGCUGGAGUUCUAAUUGCAGGAAAUCAAG